GAAGUGGUCCAGAGUCAGGUGUUAGAGGCCAAAGUGUUCCACUCUCCUUAUGGGACAGGUGUUGCCAUAGUAACUGGCUCCUCCCGUUUCACCUUGGCAACCAACAUCGACGACCUGAAGCUCCGGAGGUUACCUGAAGUCCCAGGUCUACAGGGGAAACCGUCCUGCUGGGUCGUCCUCACUCAGGACAGACAGACUAAAGUCCUGCUGUCCAACGGACCUGAACUCUACAUCCUGGACAACACGUCCUGUACCGCUGUGUGUCCCCCAGGUCUCAGUCCUCAGGCAGGCAGCAUCAUCCACAUGUCCGUGUCCUUUAGUUAUAAGUACCUGGCUCUGUUCACUGACACUGGACUCCUGUGGACAGGCUCCUCCCACCUCCAGGACAAACUGAGUGAAGUGGACAUCAAGAAGACGACGCCUCCCAAACAGAUGGUCUGGUGUCGCAGACCAAAGAGUCAGCAGCCGUCUGUGGUGCUGAUGUGGGACAGACUGCUCAUGGUGGUUGGAGUGUGUCAUGACACCAUCCAGUUCCCCGUAGAGGAUCCGUGUGUUCUGGUGGGAGAGCUGGACGGGGUCCGGAUCAUCAGCUCGACUGGUCAGGAGCUGCUUCAGGAGGUUCCUCUGGUCUGUCAGGACAUCUUCAAGAUCGCCUCCAUGGCCCCGGGAGCUCUGCUGCUGGAGGCCCACCGGGAGUACGAGAAGUCGAGCCAGAAGGCGGACGAGUACCUGAGGGAGAUCAAGGAGCAGAGCAUGCUGGGAGAGGCAGUCCGACAGUGUGUGGAGGCGGCAGGACACGAGUACGACUCCAACACCCAGAAGUCCCUGCUGAGGGCGGCGUCCUUCGGGAAGUGUUUCUUGACGGACUUCAGUGCGGAUCCGUUCGUGUCGACCUGCAGAGAACUCCGGGUUCUGAACGCCGUCAGAGAGAGCAGCGUGGGGCUGCCGCUCACACACACUCAAUUCAAACAGAUGACUCUGCAGGUGCUGAUCGACCGGUGA